CAACGAGGCCUUAAAUAGGACGGCGUUGGCGUCGACUGAGAGUCUGAGAUACACCCCCCAAAAAGAUACUCGACCAAUAAAAGACAGAGUCGGCGGCGCGAUUGCAAAGGGGAUCGGCGAUCAGAACAAGAAGAUGAGUGCGGGUGUGGAGAAGCCAAACAACAAAAGGGCCACGGCGGCCGAUCCGACCAGCCGAGGCGAUGCCGACGCCAAGAGGACGAAAAGGAAUCUGGGGAGCGACGGGGAAGAUACUCUGUCGCCUGGUUCCGUCGACCAUGCGUACGCCCUUGUCUUUGCCAAGAUUGCACAAGACGAAAUAGACCAAGAGUCGGCUCCCAGCCCUGUGCAAAUUCCUACAAUCGCUUACUUCAAACCUCCGACCUUGUUUCACACUGAUGAGCUCUUUUCUAUCCGUCGAUCUGGAACAAAGGCCGUGCUCUCGGCAGCCAAAUUUCUUCUAGGGGUUUCAUCCUCUCUCGAUGGUGAACCACUAAGACGGUGCUCUGGCUUCUGGAUUGAUUGGGAUGAGGAGAGCAAAACCGGCCUUGUUCUGACAACCGCGUGGCUGAUUCGCGCAAAGGAUGCUCCUGUCAGCGUCUGGUCAGGCGGUGAAGAGUAUGCUACAAACGCUGAUGUCACUGUUCAUUUGCUAAAUGGCACCAGUGCAAAGGGCCAGCUGGUCUAUCACCAGCCCCACUAUGAUCUCGCUUUCCUGAAUGUUCAGAUGGAUCAACCAAUCAAGUUACCAUCUUUUAAUGAAAAAGAUGUAGAAUUUGCUCAAAAGAUUUUUCGACUUGGAAGAGACAAUGCCUUAAAUCUAAGGAUAACAUAUGCUAGAGCAGAAUAUCUGAAUCCAACCAUGUAUGAACGGUACCACAAUAUAUAUUUCCGUUCUCCAGAUGGCCAUGGCGAUGAUAAUGAGUAUGACAAUGGGGGGCCAGUUAUUGACUUGGGUGGAAAAGUGGUCGGAAUGGUCAAUGACCUUGAGAGAUUUGAGUCUUUUAUACCUUCUUCCAUUGUGCUCAAUUGUUUGGAUUCAUGGAGGAAAUAUCGGCAUUUCGCCCGGCCCCAUCUUGGAAUGACGUUUAAGGCCAUCGAACUUCUAGAACCUUCUCAUGUUGACAUGUUAUGGCGUAUGUAUAACAUUGAUGACGGUCUUGUUGUUCAAGAGGUGUCAAAAGGAUCUAAUGCUGAGAUACUCGGAAUCCAAAAAGGUGAUGUUAUUGAAUCUAUCAAUGGAAAACGUGUUUCUACAACAAUUCAGGUGGGUGUAUUAAUGAGGUGA